AUGGAUUCCGACGACUCCAACCCUAAUCGCUUCGAAAUCCGUGUCAAUGACCGAGCUAAGCCCUCGUCUUCUCAACUCACGAGGAAGCGUGACGACGAAGAAGAUGUCUCCGACAAGGAAGCGAGGCUAAUAAGAAGAAAGAGACCAAAGAGUUCGACGACAACAACAACACCGGAAAUUGAUGAAAUGAAAUUGAGCUACAGAUCUGAUUGGGAUGCGCUUUACAGCUUUAUCAGAGGUUCUAUUGUACCAAACUUCUCAAAAGUGCAGCUAAGGAGCAAGGUCAGAAAGUUGAAGAAGAGAUUCACAGAUAACCUUGCUAAAUCCGAAGAUGGGAAAGGACCUGACUUUACUAAUGUUGAUGACGAUGAAAUCUUUAAAUUGUCAAUGAUCAUAUGGGGAAAGAAAAAUGAAACCGAAUGUGGUUCUAAUGAGAAUUUGGACCAAGGGAAGGAUGUGACUUCUGUGGAGGAGCAUGAGCAGAUUAAUGAGAAUGUGGAGCAAGAAAAGGAUUUGACUGAUGUGGAGCAUGAGCAGAUUAAUGAGAAUGUGGAGAAACCAAAGGAUUUGACUGAUGUGGAGCAUGAGCAGAUUAAUGAGAAUGUGGAGCAUGAGCAGAUUAAUGAGAAUGUGGAGAAACCAGAGGAUGUGAGUCAUGUGACUGAUGUGGAGCAAGAACAGAUUAAUGAGAAUGUGGGACAAGCAAAGGAUGUGCCUAAUGUGGAGCAUGAGCAAGUGAGUAACAUAAGUACAAAGAUUGAUAAUGGGGAGAAAGAGAAGAAGAGUGAGACAGCUGGUGUAGAUGAGUUUUGUGUUAUGCAGGACGCACUCGAGGCGGCAUUGUUAUCAUUUCCAUGUUUAGGUAGAAAUCACCAGAAGUUCUUGCUUCAGAAUCUAAGGAACCUUGAAGCCGAGAAAGAAAAAGAGCUAAGUGAUGAAUGGAAAGCAUUGCUUGGUGAGAAGAUGAAAUUUAAUAUCAAGAAACUAAAUUUCUCCGCAAAGCUUGCAGACGUAGGAGGUUCUGAUUAA